AUGCCUCAGCAGAGUCCAGAUGUUCCUUCGAAACACAGACGAAGGCUGUCGUGCAAGAGAUGCCAAUAUCGCAAGUUUAAGUGUUCUCGCACAGAACCAUGCGGAAAAUGCAUGGCUGCCGAUGUAAAAUGCGAAUACCCUGUGAUUGAUCGCAAACGUACCCCAGCGUCCUCCGAGUACGCCCUAAGCCUUGAGAGACGAGUCCAGUCGCUUGAAUCUUUCAUCACGAGUCUCCGAAAUGCCUCCCACAAAGAGCGGGAACGGAUGCUUCUUUCCGUGCCAGCCGACCAACUUCCCAACCUCCCAGCCGACGAUCAAGGGCAACGGGAGGCGUUGAAGAUACACGAACGUAGCUCUACAAACCUCGAGCUCGACUUGGAUGGUAGUCUCAUCUUCCACGGUGCAACGAGCAUCUACCGUGUCGAGUCUCACGGAUACUCUCAAAGUCGACGCAACCCUCUGCUCUCCUGGGCUGGCUCAGAAGGUGAUGUCGUGAUCCGUGCCCUUACUGAUUUUUUUAGGUGGCAGUAUCCCUACUUCAUGUUUGUCUACCGUGAGGCUUUCCUACGAGACCAUUUCGGGGACAGAAAAGAUAGCAAGUACUGGUCAGCAGCGCUACUCAUGGCGCUCUGUGCGCUAGGAGCGAUGGUAGCUUCUGACGACAAACAAAGACGGUUCAGCGAGCAAUUCUUUCUAGCUGCUGAGAGUAUCAUCAUGGUCUCUGGGCUUGCAAAGCCAUCCAUUCCGACCGUUCAGACGUUUCUAUGUCUCGCAUUCUACGAGAUUGGCCGAGGGAACCUGUCCAAAGGUUGGAGUUUCUCUGGGAUUGCCUUCCGCAUGGCACAAGACCUUGGACUCCAGCGCGACCCAGACAAUUGGGUGCCUCAUGAUCCUUCACUCGGCACUCAUGAAGAUGGCGAGAUUCGCCGGCGUAUAUACUGGGGUUGCUAUAAUUCUGAUAAGCUCAUCAGCCUCAUCCUAGGCAGGCCUGUUCAUCUUGUGUACGAUGCAGCUGAAGUCGAUGCAUUGAAGAUAUUGCCCGAUGGACCCGCAAUGGAGUAUUGGCGCCCUGUGGGCUUCGAAGGCAACGGUGGUGAUACCAUGGGGGGCAUCUCUAACAUACCUUUCGUCCAGGAGCAGAUUCGUUUAUCUCGAAUCGUAGAGAGCAUGAUGACUGUCCUAUUUCCUAUUCGGAUCAACCAGGACGCUAUAUCUCGUACAUCCAAUCUGGAUAAACUCAAUCUAGAAUUAUUACGGUGGUAUGAGUCUCUGCCAACUUUUGCAAAAUGGACUCGCUGGGACACGACCAAUCUCAACGCAGUGCCGGGGCUGAUAGCGCUUCAUUUGUUCUACAAUAGUGCUCGUAUCGCCCUGAAUCACGACAACGCCGUCGCAGGCCAUGAUGAGACUGAGCGAAACUCUGCGUGCCAGUACUGCACCACCUCAGCCCAGAACAUCAUUACCCUCGUACGCACCUACCGCGUCAAGUACGAUCUGCGGCAUUCGCCCCUCGUUCUCGUCUACGCUUGUGUACAGGCUAUUCGUGUCGUUAGUACACUUGGGACACCAGAGGAAGAAGAGUAUCUUACACAGGCACUAGGCGAGUGCUCAGGGACCUGGGCCCUCGCCAGCCAGAUGCAGCUACGCCUCGCCACCAUGUCACCGCAAUAG